AUGAGUUCAGCAAGAAGACCAUGUCCUCCCAAGAUUGUGGAAAUAUCGCGGUCCGUUAAGGUGAUAACUGGAGAGACAGUCUACCUUUUCUGCAGGGCCACUGGAAACCCACCUCCCGUCGUCACAUUUCAGUGGAAUGGGGUUGACUUGGCAAGCGUCUCCAGCACAACACAAGGUGGAGGAAAUGGGGAUCUAAUGAUCCCGUCCACUGAUUCUUCACUCAAUAAGUUUGGUGAGGAGAACGAAGGCGAAAGUAAUACUGAGGAAGGCUGGACCCCUUUAGGAAGGCAACAGGCAACGGGACAGUGCCUUUUGAGAUUACGCCCACGAGUGGAGCACACGAGAGGCCGGCUCUUUUGUCUAGUGAGAAACGCUAUCGGUCAAACUCGCGAAGAGAUAGAAAUCACCGUCUACGGACAGAAUGAUUGUAAGCAAAAUUGGAAUAAAGAACUCUCCAUUCAUUGUGUGCAUUUACUUAACCUCCAUCCAUAUACGCUCUAA